CUUCAGUCGUCCACCAUGUCAAAGCAUCAUCCGGAUUUGAUUAUGUGCAGGCGCCAGCCAGGCAUAGCCAUUGGUCGCCUAUGCGAGAAGUGCGACGGGAAGUGCCCGGUGUGUGAUUCAUACGUACGCCCAGAGACACUAGUCCGUAUAUGUGACGAGUGCAACUUCGGUACUUACGGAGGGCGAUGUAUCAUUUGCGGCUCACCAGGAAUCUCGGACGCGUACUAUUGCGCCGAGUGUACCAGGUUAGAGAAGGACCGCGACGGUUGCCCGAAGAUCGUCAACCUCGGCGCGAGCAGGACGGAUCUUUUCUAUGAACGUCGUCGUCUCGGCUUCAAGAAAGGAUAGUUGUGUAUCCCUAGUCCAUCGUGUCCGCCUGUAUCAUAGUGUAUCAUAAAUCGCAUGCUUCAUGCGCUUGCAUUCAAGAUUCCACUCCACGUUGUGCUAGGUCUGCCGGACUGCAAUGAUGCACUGUUGCUAUUGUAUACGACCUGUAUGCAUACCCUUUGUCUGCUGUU